AUGGCGGAACUGUUAACUAUAACAGACUCCUAUCUGUUAUCAGGAAACUCAGAUCGCGCAGAAGAUAUAGAAACGCCCUCGAGAGUUGAGGAAUUUGUUGGAGCCAAGUUAUAUUGGUUGCAGGAUAAAAGACAGAGUGAACCUUACUUCAUGGUAUCGUCGUGGAUGUUCGAGAAAGGGUCUUCCAAACAUAAAUCUGGAGAUCUUGCAAUAAGACUAGACUUGAUUGGGAAAGUUAAUGGACUUGAAGAAGCAGAAUUCUAUUUUAAUAGCAUUCCGAAGUACUUAAGAACUGGAGAAUGUUACAGCUCUCUUCUUAAUUGCAAUGCUCGUGCUAGGGAUGUGGAUAGAGCAGAGAGCAUCAUGGAGAAGAUGAGAGCUUUGGGUUUUGCAAUGUCGAUUUUUUCAAGAAAUGUUUUGCUUAAUCUCUACUAUCAAACACAGAACUAUGACAAAUUGGAAAAUUUGGGAAUUGACAAGCUUCUCGCACAGUUAGAACACAAUCGGAUUUGGUACUGGCAUUUAGAUUGGACUGUUUAUGCUAUUGCAGCCAAUUGUUAUAGGAAACAAGGACUCUUUGAAAAAGCUUUUAAUGUCUUAAAGAAUUCAGAGAGGCUCAUAACUAACAAAAAGAGGAGAGUGGCCCUUACUUUCCUUAUGACUCGAUAUGCAGCAAUGAUCAAGAAAGAAGUGAUGAGAUUAUGGAAACUUUUAACAACAGAUGGGAAGUUAUACAGUAUAGCUUAUUUAGCUGUAAUUGCUUCAGUUCUUAAGUUUGAGGACUUUGAAAGUGCUGAGAAUAUAUUUAAGAUUUGGGAAUCUAAAAAUCUGGGUUUUGAUAUUCGGAUUCCAAACGUGAUGAUUGGAGCUUACAGCAAGAAGGGCAAUAUGGAGACAGCUGAAUCUGUUGUUGAUUGGACAAUCAUAAACAAUGGAGAGCCAAAUUCAAAGACUUGGUCCUAUCUCUCAAGUGGGUAUAUUGAACAAGGUAAAGGAGAUAUGGAAGGAGCAGAGGAGUUGGUAAGGUUACUUAGGAGUAAGGAUCUUGUCUCCCUUGAUGUUCACAAGAAGCUGAUGAAUUGGAUUAAGGAUGUUGAAUCAAACGUGCAUGCAAUUGAUGUUUUGUGCGGAGAUUCACAUAAACAAACAAAUGGAGUGUCAGAAGCCAAAGGAAGACAGGAGCAGCAAUGA